UUAGUUUCCUCAUUCUCCUUACAAUUAUAACAAAAAAACAACUAAUAGUUAUAUAAGAUAUAUAUGGUUUAAGAAAAAAAAAUGGAAUCAAAAGCAUUUUUCCUAAUUGUUUUGGCUAUUUUACUUGUGAUAACAUCAAAGGUUACAUCUAGGCAGUUGGUUGAACCAAAAACAUCCGAUACGCCAAAUGAUGGCCCCAAAUUUAUAGGUGUACAACCAGGAUUCGGAGGAGGGGGGUAUGGAGGAGUAUUCCCCGGAGUAGGAGGAGGAUAUGGUGGAUAUCGUGGUGGUGGAUACCCUGGUGGCGGAUAUGGUGGAUAUCCUGGUGGUGGACGCGGAUACUAUGGAGGUUAUCCAAGAGGAGGAUAUGGUGGAUUUUAUCCCGGUGGUGGUUAUGGUGGAGGAGUUUAUCCUGGUAGUGGUUGGUAUGGAGGAUUUCCUCGCAACUAAUUAAUUAAUUACAUACUAAGGGAUAUAAUGCACCUCUGAUGUAUCAGUUAUUAUGUCCAUGAUAAACAUUGAGUAGCUAAGUGCAAAACGGCUAACUAUAUAUGGCUAUUUAUAUAUUUUACUUAAUGAUUUAACAAUAGUUUUAUUGUUGAAAGUAUGAAUAAAUGUAACAUAAAUCUCCAUUCAUUUACUACUAUAUGGAUGGAUGGUCAUGUCUUUUUUUUUCUUUUUAUAUAAAUGUAUGAGAACGAACUUAUAUAAAUCUUUUCUUUUUACAUGUUA